AUGAUUUCUAGAGGGCAGAACAAAUAUGUGAGCAAGGUGACCUCAGGUCGUGCUGGAGCGGUGAAGACAGUGCAAGUGGCCCGCCAGGGACGGGCGUGGCUUGGCCGCUUCCGCGCCCGCCAGACUAAUCCCAGCGCGGGAGGUGCGGCUGCUCCCCACCUGGCCCAGGUGUGCCCGCCGCUGGGCGCGCGGAUGGAGCGGGUCGGGGCUGCCUCGGGUGCAGAGCGGGCCGGGCCCGAGCUGCCGAUGGAGCCGCUGGGCAGCCGGGAGCCGGGGCCGGAGCCGGAGCCGGGCCCCGCGGAGGAAGCGCGGCGACCGGACAGCCCCCCGCGCAGCCCGGGCCCCGCCGGGGAUGAGAGGAGGCGGCCCGCGCGCCCGCGGUCGCUGGGCAUGGGCUACGGCGCCUUCCACCACCCCGGGGGCCCCGAGCCGCCGAGCCCCGUCGCCGAGCCGCCCCGCGACGGCGACACGCCGGGGCCCGAGCCCGGGGCCUGGGCGCCCAUGGACCUGCAGGUGAACGUGCGCGUGGAGCCCGUGGGCGCGGCGGGCGGCCGGGCCCCCUCGCCCGUGCCGCCCACGCGCUUCCUCACCGUGCCGGUCCCCGAGUCCCCACUGCCGUCCCCGAGCGCCACCCAGAGCCCCCUUGCCGCCCCCUGGGCCGGGGAGCUCGCAGGCCCCGCCGAGGGAUCCCCGGAGUCGCCCCCGGGCUACUGCCGCUGCCGCGAGCUGGGCCUGGACGGGAAGGAGGGCGCCGCGCUGCUGCCCCACGCCAAGGGGACGAGGCUGCCGCGCGCCAUCGAGCUCAUGGGACUGCCCAUGUACAUGAAGUCCCUGCGCUGGGCCCUGGCCAUCAUGGCCUUUCUCUUGGCGGUGUCCACGGUCACCAUGGUGGCCCUGGCUGCAAGAGCAGGGGCCGGCUGCCGGCGGUGCCCCCAGGGCUGGAUGUGGGUGGAGGAGCAGUGCUUCUAUCUCUCUGCAGAUGCUCAGGCCUGGGAGGCCAGCCAGGCUUUCUGCUCAGCCCACCACGCCACCCUCCCACUGCUGAGCCACACCCAGGGCUUCCUGAGCAACCACCACGUGGCCCCGCGCUCCUGGGUGGGGGCCCUGCGUGGUCCCCAGGGCUGGUACUGGACCGAUGGCACACCCCUGCCGCUGCAGCUGCUCCCUGAAGACGACGACCACCCAGAACUGAGCUGCGGUGGCCUGGAGGAAGGCAGGCUGGUGGCUUUGGACUGCACCGCCCCCCGGCCGUGGAUCUGUGCCCGGGCGCCCCAGUGA